GUGGUACUUAGGGGUAAUUGAAGCACGUGUCUCGAAUGUAAACAAGGGAACGGUAAACUCCACAGAUAUUUGGUUGUCAAAAUUACUGAAUCAGAUAUUUGAUUAGUCAUGGCUGAUUUGAUUAAUCCAGUAACUGUAGUUUCUUUAUUAACCACGGCUGCAUUUGCCGUGUUUAGCAUCAUUUGUGGUUUUAAGUUAAAACGGACUUUGCCCCAAAUUGAGAAAUGGGUUCUGUCCUGGCUGGUGUUUGACGCAUUGAUUCAUUGGACUCUGGAAGUUGUCUUUCUUUAUUUGUCAUUAACUGGUACUGUUGAAAAAUCUCAACAUUUUACUGCAGAUCUAUGGAAAGAGUAUGGUAAAGCUGAUAAACGUUGGUUGGUUUCUGAUCCUACAGUUGUCUCCCUUGAGAUACUAACAGUAGUUGUUGAUGGAUUGUUGUGCCUUGUGCUUAUUUACGCUAUCAUACGAAACAAGAAUUAUAGACAUUUCGUUCAGAUUAUUUUGUGUGUGUGUGAAUUAUAUGGGGGUUGGAUGACAUUUUGUCCCGAAUGGUUGACAGGAAGUAAAAAUUUAGUAACUGAUAAUGUUCUUUAUUUGUGGGUGUACCUGAUAUUCUUUAAUGGUAUAUGGGUAGUUAUCCCCCUUGGUUUACUUUAUCAAUCCUAUGUGGAUAUGACUACAAUGACUACAGCUGGUGAAGAAGUCCAUGAGCCACAGAAAAUAAAAAAUGAUGGACGAUUGCAGGUUAUGUCUACUGAUGUAAAUACAGAAUUUGUAAAGAGAUACAAUACACGAAGUCGAAAAGAUAAAUAAGAAUUUUAUUAAUUUAAUGAUAGUGUUCUAGAAAUUGUGACUUUUAAAGAUUUAUAGUUUUAUGAACAUUUGUUUGCUCAAAAUAAUUAGUCUGGAUAACGCGACGAUUUAAGUCAUAGUGUUAUAGAUAUCAUGAUUUUUAAAGAAUUAUAGUUUUAUGAAUGAUUUGUUUGCUCAAAAUAAUUAGUCUUGAUAACAAGCCCCUGACUAUUUUCAAUGCUAAAAUGUACUCUAACUUAAGUGUUGUGGUGAACAUGAUUUUUAAAAAUUUACAAUUUUUAUGAUAACUCCAUAUGUAACAUAAGUGUUGUGAUAAACAUGAUAUUUAAAGAUUUAUAAUUUUUAUGAAUCAGUUCACUAGUCAAAAUAAUUAUUCUUGGUAACAUAAAUUAUAACUUGCUGAUUAUCAUGUAUUGUAGAUAAUAACUAAAUCCAUGCUGAAAUAUACUUGAAAUUGAUUAUUUAAAUGGGUAUUUAAAGGGGCAUUAUGUAAGAUUUUGCUAAAGAGCUGACAGUUCUCGCUAUAAUAGUAGAAAUAAAUUAUGAACACUCAAACAACAAAAAUUAUCAUCUGAUUGUAUGAAAUUUAUAUGCAUCAUUUAAAUUAGUGAAACGAAGAAGCAGCUUACUGAAUUCGGCAUAUCCCGUUAAUUACGCCUAAGAGUUAUGGCCCUUGUUUCACUUUGUUGAACCUUGUGAACACCUGAACAAUAAAAGUUAUCACCCUUGUUUCAGUUUAUAGAACUUUGUAAACCUUCAAAUGACGAAAAUUAUAAAUAUGCGACAACUCUGUUAACCGCCCGAACGUAUGUUUCGUGACCUGACUGAUAUUUCUUUAAGAGAUUCAACUUUCACAAUAUUGUUGUCUGCAAGUCAUUCAAAAUCUCUCAAAUGAGGAUCAGCAGCUUUGAAUUCCAAAUAUAGAUCACAUUGUAGAAUAUUAAUCUACUAUAACACAUACUUAUGGAAAAUGUUUCCCAAAUAAAUAGGUAGCUGUUGUUAUGUGUGAUAGUUUAUUGUAGAAUAUGUUCAACUCUCACAGUAGCCAUAUUGCUGGUAAGGAGCACAUUCAGGUUACCUCCAGUGGAUAAAUUAUAUGUAUAUUUACUUUGGAUCUAGUGUAAUAUUACUUUCUGGAUGAAAAUAAUACACUACAAUAUAACUAAUACAGAAAUUAUAACCCUAUAAAACUUUAAAAUAAAAUAACCAGUAAUUAAUCAAGAUUAAAGUUAGUAUUAAGUUUUAUUAUGUAUUAAUUCCUUGGUAAUAUUUCCGUUUGUUAAACCCUGUGAACGCUCGAAUGACAAAAGUUAUCAUCCGAUCUGUAUAUGUUUGUAUAUGCAUCAUUGAAAUAAGUGAAACAAAGAAGCCUAUUGAAUUUUUAGCAAUUUCCAUUAAUUACUUCUAGACUUAUGGCCCUUGUUGAACCCUGUGAACGCUCAAUCUGUCUAAAAAUUAUAUGUAUUAUUUAAAUUAGUUUUACGAAAAAGCCCAUUGAAUUUGAGCAACCUAUCUUAGGUUAUUUUGUAAUGCUAAGUUCCUACUAUCAUGAUUUGUGGUAUGAUUGAAAUCAUGGUUUUAACCGUGGUGAUCCUAUCAGGUCUUAUCAUCUAUUGACGUCAGUCUUGGCAAUCGUAACAAAACGUAUCUACAUGUAGCAGAUUGUGGACUCGAUAGGGACAAUCGUAUGGUAACACAUAGCACGACAGUGGGAACCUAGCUUUACCAAGUACAAUGUAAAUAAAAGUUGACUCUGUAGUUAAGUAUUAGUGCUUCGUUAUAUUUUACUAUCCUUGUAUUUUAUAGUGAAAAACAUUUUAUUUUGUCGAGUUAGUGAAAAUGAAAUAUGUUUAAUGCUUGAACUUAGUAUUUAGUAGUUUAUUUUUUAUUUUUAUGUUUUUUUCGUUUAUUUUAAUAAACGAGUAUCAUUUACA